AUGAUACCUAGCAGAGGCCUUCGCUGGUCCGGCCAGAGCGUAGGUCUUGCUCGGCGGCAGAUAGGGGCAUUUUCUACCAGACAGUUCUCUUCAGUACAGCACCGGCCCAUAUCGGGCAAUACGCUCCUUUCGCGCAAUGCUACUUCACUUCUCGGGGGUUCUGGCUCCUCUAGAGCUCAAUUACCAAAGACGAAUCUUUUAAUACGGAAUGCUACGAGUAUACGGCUUGCUUCGACAACUCCCCAGCCCUCCCCAGCUCCCAGCGCAACUGUCUCCAAUGCUGCCCCAAUUACUCCAGAUCAAGCCGCGAGUUCCGCAACAACAUCUUCCUCGGAACUCGCCAGUUCCCUGGAUGACUCCAUGAAUCUCACAAGUGAUGGCCUCCCGAACAUCGCCGAACACAUUGGGUACCUCAAAUCCCUGGGGCUAGAUUACGGGUGGGGUCCUACUUCGAUGAUGGAAUGGACUCUGGAGCAUAUUCACAUCUUUGCCGAAACUCCCUGGUGGGGAUCCAUCGCUCUUACUGCAAUUCUUGUACGGAUUCUGCUAUUCAAACCGUACGUCGAUGCUGCGGAGAACGCUGCGAGGAUGGUCACAAUCCAGCAUAUCAUCAAACCGUUGGCGGCCAAAAUGAAUGCGGCUCGGAUAGCUGGAGAUACAACGGCAAUGCUUCAACAUAGGACCGAGAUAACGAGAAUCAACAAGAGGGCAGGAAUAAGCCCGCUUAAAUCGUUCGUGCCUAUGAUUCAAGGUUUUGCUGCUUAUGGAACCUUCAGACUCUUGAGAGGGAUGGCCGCAUUGCCAGUUCCUGGCCUUCAGGAGGGUGGUCUGGCUUGGUUUUACAACCUGACUAUUCCGGAUCCGUAUUUUAUACUUCCCCUUGCCACUGCUGGUGUGCUACAUUGGCUUAUGCGCCGGGGUGGUGAAACUGGAACAUCUACACUCUCUCCUGCUGUCCAAAAGGCAAUGCAGUGGGGCUUCCCCGGCCUCUCCCUCGCCUUUACCUGGUGGCUGCCAGCUGGCGUGCAGCUCUCCUUCUUUGUCUCUGGCCUGCUAUCCUUCGUUCAGGCAUCACUGCUGAGAAUUCCAAGCUUCCGGCGCAUUUUCAAUAUGACCCCGCUCCCUGAACAGCCCUCCACCACUCCCAUAUCCCCUUACAAAGGCACGAUAAACGUGGCAAAGUCCAACAUUGUCUCGUCAGGGCCGAAUUCCCCUUUGGAGAAGACUUCGGCGAAUUUCCCUCGCCCUCCGGCAACAGGAAUUGGGAAAUACCUGGCACCUGCUCUCAAACCUUUCCAGGAAAUCAAGGAGCAAACGAAGGGCGUUAUGGAUAUGGCCAAUGAGAAGAUGGAUGCCAGACGUGAGAAGUCUGAGCGCGGUGACGCUCAAAAGUAUGAAGAGAAGAGGCAGCGAGAGUUGAAGAGAGAGAAGUGGGAGCGGGAACAGAGGUCACGUGAUGAGCGGGCCGCGAGGAAGGCCGCGAGGAAGAGUCAAUGA